AUGGCGCGAUGUUACAUUUUGACAUCUGUGUCAAAUGUUUUGCAACAUCAGUAUCAGAAGAUGGACAUAACUUAUGACAUCUUAGAGAAUCUCAAGGAGAUAUUUGGAGACCAGACUAGUGCAAUUAAGCAGAAUGCACUAAGGGAGAUUCUUACUUCUAAAAUGGAGGAAGGAACUCCUAUUAGAACUCAUGUCUUGAGGAUGAUGAGUCUUCUAAAUGACAAGGAGGUUCUUGGGGCUGAGGUUGACAAGACUACUCAAAUUGAGAUGGUCUUGAACACUUUGCCAGCCGAUUUUCAACAAUUCCGUUUGAACUAUAACAUGAAUAAGAUGGAUUUUACUCUGUCUAAGUUGUUGAAUAAGCUGGUGGCUGCUGAGGAUGUCACAAGACAAGGUGAGAGCGAGUACACACGCCUCCAGAGCCAGUGGAGGAUUAAGCAAGGGGGUGAUGCCCUCAAGACACGCAAUAGUAGUAGAAAGAGAAAGAAGCCCCCACUAGAAGAAGCUUCUUCGGAAGCUUCGGAAAUAUGGGGCGAAAGAAUUCAGUGCUAA